CAGGCUGGUGUCCAGAUGGGCAACACCUGCUGGGAGCUUUACUGCCUGGAGCAUGGCAUCCAGCCUGAUGGGCAGAUGCCCAGUGACAAAACCAUUGGUGGAGGAGAUGACUCCUUCACCACGUUCUUCUGUGAGACCGGAGCUGGGAAGCAUGUCCCAAGAGCCAUCUUUGUAGACCUGGAGCCUACUGUGAUUGAUGAGAUUCGGGGUGGAGCCUACCGUCAGCUCUUCCACCCUGAGCAGAUGAUCACUGGCAAGGAGGAUGCUGCCAACAAUUAUGCCCGUGGGCACUACACCAUUGGCAAAGAGAUCAUCGACCAAGUGCUGGACAGGAUCCGGAAGCUGGCUGACCAGUGUACAGGCCUCCAGGGAUUCCUUGUGUUUCGUAGUUUUGGAGGUGGCACUGGUUCUGGAUUCACCUCCCUGUUGAUGGAGCGACUUUCAGUUGACUACGGCAAGAAGUCCAAGCUGGAGUUCUCCAUCUACCCUGCACCACAGGUCUCCACUGCUGUAGUGGAACCCUACAAUUCCAUCCUCACUACACACAGCACCUUGGAGCAUUCAGACUGUGCUUUUAUGGUGGACAAUGAAGCCAUCUAUGACAUCUGCCGCAGAAACCUGGACAUCGAGCGCCCGACCUACACCAACCUGAACAGACUCAUCAGCCAGGUUGUCUCAUCCAUCACAGCAUCACUGCGGUUUGAUGGGGCUCUGAAUGUCGACCUGACCGAAUUCCAGACCAACCUGGUGCCCUACCCUCGUAUCCACUUCCCCCUGGCCACUUACGCUCCAGUCAUCUCUGCAGAGAAGGCCUACCAUGAGCAGCUCUCAGUGGCUGAGAUCACCAACUCCUGCUUUGAGCCGGCCAACCAGAUGGUGAAGUGUGACCCUCGCCACGGCAAGUACAUGGCCUGCUGCCUGCUGUACCGCGGAGACGUGGUGCCCAAAGACGUCAAUGCUGCCAUCGCCACCAUCAAGACCAAGCGCAGCAUUCAGUUUGUGGAUUGGUGCCCCACGGGCUUCAAGGUGGGCAUCAACUACCAGCCACCCACAGUAGUGCCGGGGGGAGACCUGGCCAAGGUGCAGCGAGCCGUCUGCAUGCUGAGCAACACCACGGCCAUCGCUGAGGCCUGGGCUCGCCUGGACCACAAGUUCGACCUGAUGUAUGCCAAGAGAGCCUUUGUGCACUGGUACGUGGGUGAGGGCAUGGAGGAAGGGGAGUUCUCUGAGGCACGGGAAGACAUGGCUGCUCUGGAGAAGGAUUACGAGGAGGUGGGCCUGGACUCCUAUGAGGAUGAAGAGGAGGGUGAAGAGUAGAGAAGCACCACGCCAAAAGGCCUGUGCUUCUUCCUCUGUUAGCUGCAGAAACCUUUUGCAAUAAACCGUUUCAGAGCCUCUGUGUCUCCCACUAAUG